AUGACCAUGGGCAGGAUCAUCUUCUACAAGGACAAGAACUUCCAGGGUCCUUCCUAUGAGACCAGCCAGGACUGCCCCGACAUGUCCUCCUACCUGAGCAGGUGCAACUCCUGCAGGGUUGAGAGUGGCUGCUUCAUGGUCUACGAGCGCCCCAACUUCAUGGGUCACCAGAUGCUGGUCAGAAGAGGAGAGUACCCUGACAACCAGCGCCUAAUGGGCAUGAGCCAGAAUGACUGCAUCAGAUCCAGCCGUAUGAUCCCCAUGCACAGAGGCUCCUACAGAAUGAAAAUCUACGAGAAGGAGAACUUUGGAGGUCAGAACGUGGAGCUGAUGGACGAUUGUGACUCCAUCCACGAUCGUUACCGCAUGUCCGAUUGCCAGUCUGCCCAGGUCAUGGAUGGCCACUGGCUGAUGUUUGAGCAGCCCCACUUCAGAGGCAGAAUGAUGUACAUGAGGCCUGGAGAGUACAGGAGCUUUAGGGAUAUGGGCAUGGGUGUCAAAGACAUGAGGUUCAUGAGCAUGAGGCGCAUCACUGACAUAAUGGGGAAGAUUGUAUUCUUUGAGGAUAAGAACUUCCAAGGUCGUAGUUAUGAGUGCAGCAGCGACUGCCCAGACCUGCACUCCUUCUUCAGCCGCUGUAACUCUAUCAGGGUGGAGAGCGGCUGCUGGGUUCUUUACGAGCGCCCCAACUAUGCAGGCUACCAGUACAUCCUGACCCCUGGGGAGUACCCUGACCACCAGCAGUGGAUGGGCUUCAACGACAGCAUCAGAUCCUGUCGCUCUAUCAAAAACGUCUAUGGAAAUUCCUACAAGAUCAGAUGCUAUGACAGGCCAGAUUUUGCUGGCCAUAUGGCAGAGUGGAGUGAGGACUGCCCGUCGGUCCACGAAGCAUUCAAGUUCCGUGAGUUCCACUCUGCUGUGGUGACGGACGGUGCCUGGGCAUUCUACGAGCUGCCCAACUACAGGGGGCGCCAGUACUUCCUGGAGCGCAAAGAGUACCAUAGCUUCACGGACUGGGGCGCCACCUCCCCUGUCGUGGGCUCCUUCCGCAGGAUUACAGAGUUCUAGAACCUUACAACCUCUAGAGUUCUAGAGCCCUACGACGAGCCCCCCUUUCCAAGAAACCUCUCUGCAGUGCCUUAUGACACCCA